UUUACCGCCUGGCUUUUAGCUUUUUUUAAUAUUAUAACGAUUGAUGUAACAUUCGCCCCCCCCCCCCAAAAAAGAAAAAACACAUGACAUGGUCUGGUUUGGUACACGACAACUGUCGAAGGCAUCGUCCACUUUGAGAGGUUUAAACCCAAGGGUUGAGUGAGCAUUCUUGAGGGCAACAGAGCGAUGAUGCCCACCUAAAGAUAUCUUGAUCACAUGGGUAAACUGCCUGGGCUUGUGGAGGUGGAUCACAACGCCAAAUGUACACUGACUGGCCUGCACUUUAAUGUGUACCUUAUGGGAAAUUGGCUCCUAUAGUGUGCUGACCAAAUGGUUUAAUGACCGGGACUAAAAAUGAGCAUAAGCAGUGAUGAGGUUAAUUUCCUGGUUUACAGAUACCUGCAGGAGUCUGGCUUCUCACACUCAGCAUUCACCUUUGGCAUAGAGAGCCACAUUAGCCAAUCAAACAUUAAUGGAGCCCUGGUCCCCCCUGCUGCCCUCAUCUCCAUAAUCCAGAAGGGUCUGCAGUACGUGGAGGCUGAAGUUAGCAUCAACGAAGAUGGGACCUUAUUUGAUGGUCGCCCCAUAGAGUCGCUGUCUCUAAUAGAUGCAGUGAUGCCAGAUGUUGUCCAAACUAGGCAGCAGGCCUACAGAGACAAGUUGGCCCAGCAGCAACAGCAGGCAGCAGCAAGCAGUGGCAGUGGCACUGGCCCCCAGGGAAGCACCAAAAACGGAGAGGGUGCAGCCAAUGGGGAGGAAAAUGGAUCCCAUGCAUUAGCCAAUCACCACUCAGAGAUGAUGGAGGUGGAUCGGGAUGUAGAAAUACCCCAGAGUAAAGCUAUGGUCCUCAGAGGUCAUGAAUCCGAAGUUUUUAUUUGUGCCUGGAAUCCAGUCAACGACCUGCUGGCAUCUGGGUCUGGAGACUCGACGGCUCGAAUCUGGAAUUUAAGUGAGAACAGUUCGAGUGGUUCCACCCAACUGGUUCUGAGGCACUGCAUACGGGAAGGAGGCCAGGAUGUACCCAGCAACAAAGACGUCACCUCACUAGACUGGAAUAGCGAGGGCACACUUCUCGCGACAGGCUCAUAUGACGGCUUUGCGAGAAUAUGGAUAAAAGACGGUAACCUGGCCAGUACUUUGGGUCAGCACAAAGGUCCCAUAUUUGCACUCAAGUGGAACAAGAAAGGAAACUUUAUCCUUAGCGCUGGGGUAGACAAGACAACGAUUAUUUGGGACGCCCACACGGGAGAGGCAAAGCAACAGUUUCCUUUCCACUCAGCACCUGCUUUGGACGUGGACUGGCAAAGUAACAACACGUUUGCCUCCUGCAGCACAGACAUGUGCAUCCACGUGUGUAAACUGGGUCAGGACCGUCCUGUCAAAACGUUCCAGGGACAUACAAAUGAGGUCAACGCUAUCAAGUGGGACCCCACUGGCAGCUUGCUGGCCUCCUGUUCCGAUGACAUGACACUAAAGAUAUGGAGUAUGAAACAGGACAUGUGUGUCCACGACCUUCAGGCCCACAGUAAAGAAAUCUACACCAUCAAAUGGAGCCCCACUGGACCUGGGACCAACAACCCCAAUGCCAACCUCAUGCUGGCCAGUGCGUCGUUCGACUCAACAGUGCGUCUAUGGGACGUGGAGCGUGGCGUGUGCAUCCACACAUUGACCCGCCACCAGGAGCCUGUGUACAGUGUGGCCUUCAGCCCUGAUGGCAGACACCUAGCCAGCGGCUCUUUCGACAAGUGUGUGCACAUCUGGAACACCCAGACUGGUGCUUUAGUCCACAGCUACCGAGGGACAGGCGGGAUCUUUGAGGUGUGCUGGAACGCCACUGGGGAUAAAGUAGGAGCAAGCGCAUCCGAUGGAUCUGUUUGCGUAUUAGACCUGAGGAAAUGACAGUCGCACGGGGGAGCCAUGGACCGACUACGAAUGUGUACAUAGCCAAAAUGACUGACUGUCCCUGCCUGUCCAUCACACUGCUGUAGUCCCGCCACACGCCAUGGUCCGCCAUGACCGAGCGCCGCCCCCGCCCACACCUUCAAACACUCAUCCACGGACCACCUGUUCCACCAACGGCCGCUUGUCUGGCACCCGGGUGAGAGACUUUCUGUUUUGUCACAUGCAAACCAAAACAGCAGAAUUCCUCUCGUGCUCCUCUUUUUAUCCUUUGUACCAGAAUUCUAAAGUUUUUUUGGUUCUCUGUUGGUGUGUGCAUAUUGCAUAUGUCAGCAUUUGGUGUCCUGUGGACAUUGUUUUGCAAUUGGAUUUCACUGUAAGUUUUAUAUUGUGUGCUGGGAGGGACACGGACGUUCAAACAUGCAGAUGUACAGCUUACAAGGUACAACGGUUUUUUGUUUUUUUUUAGACAUGUUGCAAUUUUUUUUUUUUUUUUCUGCCCUUGUAAACUGAAUAUAAACAGAUGAAUCAAAAGAUGAAAUGUGUUGUUUGCAUCUUUUGCCCUGGAAAAAAAUAAAUACAAUUUCAGGUCUUAACUACGGAGCCCCUGAAGGGACAUGGGGGAAUUUUUUUUUGGUA